GACGACAGAUUGUGAUAGCGGAGUUCCUGGAACAAACAAAACAAACGAGAGCUGAGCAGAAGAGAGGCUUCACGCUGCGUGUCACUCGCCUCUGACUGUUCAAAUCUGAAUUUGGCAACAUGGGUAACAGCCCGGAAACAACGUAGAGCCGCCGCUGGAUGUAUUUCUCUGGGGGGGAAAAAAGCAACGUAAUAUAAUAACAGCUUCGCGUUAGCUUAGCUUAGCUUUGGCUGGGCGUCUUCAGUGUUGUGUUUUCAUGCGCAGAGUCAGCUUUCGUUUUUUCGUUAAUGUGGACCUUUCGUUUAAACUGGCAUUCAGACUAGCUGUUCUUCUGUCGGCGACUUUUUUAAGGGCCGUCCACGAGUGUUUAGUCCACGCGUACUGACAGUGUUUAUCUCGACAGUACAGCCAGCUUCCUCCUGUUUAUCACAGGACAGACUUAUGUCAUAGCUCAUGAUAGCUGUUUGUUUUUAUAGUUGAUCCGAGUAAUUAAUCUGUUUUCAAGUCGAAAUCCAACUUUUUAAGCAGAGAAAUUGACACAUUGUCGUUCUUUGUUUUAUUGAAGAAAAUAUUGAAUGAUUUUUUUUUUAUUCCAGUGUACUGCAGUGUUGUUAAAAGUCAUAUGUGUAGACAACAUUCAGAAUUGUGCUUGAAUUAAUUUAUUUACUACCUAAGAAUCACAAAAAGUGUUGUGUUUUCAUGACCUUACUCAAUAGGCAACUUUAAUCCUAGAUGUCACUUAAUACAAUACAGUGGGCCUUUGAUGUUUUGAUGGUGUCACAUGGUAAUAAUGCUCCUUUACUUUCUGAAUUGGUUAAAUUGUAUUGUUGCAAAACAACAGUCAUAAUACCUGCCAGAAAUCACAAUUAGUUGUACUCCCCCAUUUCUUUAGGCCCAAUUUAUAGAAAACAUAAAUGAGGGCUGCACGUAGCCAGUUGAUUGUUUCCUGUAGGAAACGCCUCGGUCCACUGUGUGUGUUCUGAGCUGUGGGGGUAAAAAGCUGGGGUGAGCAGUGAAGAUGGAGGCCGUAAGACCAAAGAGGACCAAGGCCAAAACCGUCGGAAAGUCUCAGUCGGCUAGAAAACAGAAGCAGGCAGAGGAAGAAAAACGAGCCACAGCUCCCUCAGCAGUCAGUGAUGAAGCCUCUGAUUCUGGCUUCACUGACAUCCCCCUCAGUCUGCCCUAUCAGGAGCCAGAGGAGGAGCAACAGGACCAUGCUCAGCCCCCUCAGACCCCAGCACAGCUGUCAGACCUGUCCUCUGAGAAACAGAAGACUUCAUCAUCGCAGACUUUAUCCUCAUCUGUGUCGAUCAAGACUUUACAAUCAACUCUCAGUGAGUCAACAGAGACAUCACAGGGUACAAAGCAUCUGCAGUCAGAAAAGGUGCAAGAGAAGGAUGACAGAGUGGCAGAUCAGGGGACUGAACUGAAAGCUGCUCCACUCUGCAAUGAGGUGGAAAAAGACACACAAUCAUGGAAUCAGUCUUGUACUUCAACUCAGUUUGAGAUCCCAAAUGUUCCGAGUGCCCCUGCACUCUACCCGUCUCUCCCUACACUGGAGGAGGGUCCUGUGAUACAGCUCGCCAUGCAAACUAUAAAAAAUAGUGCAAAAGGUCCUGCAGUGUUGGCGCUUCCUGAGCAGGAGUCUUCUCCCCCGAGUUUGCAGCCUCUGGAGUCUGUAGCCGAACUUUCCAUGAAAAAACUCUAUCCAGAAAUACCCGUGACAGCUCCAGAAAUACAGCCAUUCUCCUUGGAGCAGCUGAGUGUCUGGGAGCCAGGGGGAGGUUUACGAGCCUGGUUAGAAGGUGUUGAAAUGUAUGCAGUUCAGUUCUGUGCUCUGGCCCGGCAAGAGAACCACGAGCUGACUGAACUGCUGCAGAAUUACUGGCGCUGCCGCAGACAGCUCACCCAGUCACACACACAGCUACACACACAGUCUUCUGACUGCAAGAGCACACAGAACCGCCUCUGGAGCUUCAGAGAUGAACAGCUCACACUUCAGGGUGUGUGUGCAGACCAGUCCAAAGUGUGUGGGUACCAUCGCUUCCAGCAGGCAGAUUUCAGUCAGAGUGUGCUCGCUGAGUUGAGGAGACUUUUCGAAGCCCGCAGUGAGCUGCUCCAUCAAAAGGUGGCGCUGCACGCAUAUACUGCUCUGUUGUCACGACUGCAGGUAGAAUCAUACCUGUAUCGUCUACUGAAAGAUUGGUCUGGCAGCCAAACACAACCUUGUUCUCUCCAACCACUGAAGGAAGCCAUAAGUGUCCUGUUUAGCUUCACACGCAGAGUCCUCGAUGAUGCACAGUUCCAAACAGACAUCCAUCACUGGCUGGAAAGAUUGGUGGCUGUCCUGCUACAUGUUGGAGGGUCAGGAGAACAUCUGUACUUGCUGUGUCAUCUCCUCUGCUGCCCUGCUGGGGUUGGAAAGUGGUCUGCACCUUUCCUUCAGAUUCAAGUUUUCGGAAGCACCUGUGGAGUGCAGCACUUCAUGCAAGCUCUGGCAAUCCUAAUGUCACCUACCAGACACCGUGCAGAGUUUCUGGGCCAUAUGAAGCCAAGUGAUAACCAAAGCUCUUCAGGUUCUGGACCUGAGUCUGGCAACUGGACCCUCGUGGAUGAAGGUGGAGAGGAGGAUGAAGACCCAGAGAGCAGCUGGCUGCUCCUCUGUGAGGAGGAUCUGAUCUCCUUACUGAACCAGUUCCCCUUCCAGCAGCUCUACUCGCACAUGCUGGGCAUGAGUAAGCAGGGUGUGUAUGAGCCUCAGGCCUACUCCAGUCAGAAGAUGAUGCGUUUGUUUGCUUUCGCUUCUUCUCUCAUUGAAAUUCUCGCCCUUGGCCUACAAACCUACAACAGGGCGCGAUACAGACAACUAGUCAAACGAAUAGGACACAUUAUACGAAUGACUGUGUGUUAUGUGAGUGAUCACUGGGCCCAGUAUGUGACUGUGACCAGUGCUGGUGGGUCCAGCUCUCAUGUGCACUCUCUGUCGUUGGACAAACUGCAGCUGGAGUAUGAUCAUCUCUUCCUCAGAGCUGUUUUACACGUGCUCAGAAACAAACGGUUGGGUAUUUGGUUGUUUAUGUCGGAGAUGCCUUAUGGUACUUUGUCGAGCUGUAUGCUGUGGAAAGUCCUGUAUGUUAUGCAGAGCGCAGAGACGGCAGGAGUCGAAACACUCGGCACUGCACGAGACACACAGUCCUGCAUUCAGUCUCUCAGAGACCCAGAGCACCAGGUGAGAUUUGAACAAUGGCUGUGUGAGGUGAACAGCUCUGACGGCAUCUCCCUCCUCACUGCACUGGCACACAUGGCUACACCCACUCAGCACACUGACCCUGUUUUCAUCACGACUAUAACUCUGCUGAUUUACCAGGUGUCUUAUGUGAGCAUGUCGACCAGAGAAAUAUACUCCAAGGUGGGGAGGGAGUUGCUGGCUGCCAUAGCAACAGCCCAUCCCUAUGUUAUUUCUGUGCUCCUGGAAAAACUGAGAGAGACGAUACAGACUGUAGGAAUGAUGGCUCUAUACCUGUGUAAAGAGCUGCCUCUGAGUCUGUGGCUACCGCGGCCAGAGGAAAUAUGUGUGAUCGGAGCCUGGCUGCUCCUAAACCCUCUGUCUGCCGUGGAGAACCGGCUGGCCUGUGUCAUCCUGGAAGGGCUGAACUGGGGCUAUGCACAGGAUGGCUCCCUGGUGCUGCCUUCAUCUCUCCACAGCGAAGUUGCUCUUCUGGUGGCCGAGGCUUACCAGAAGUAUCUAACUGACAAACCGUACAGUGGCCUUAUAUCAGAGGGGAUCAAACAGGUCUCUUACCUUGCCAGUGUUCUUCGUUUGGGCGUAUCUCCCGAAGCGUCUUUUAGUCAGUGGGCAUGGCAGCUGUUGUUAAGGCUGAAGCUCCACAGAAACAGUCAAAACCCUAAAGGAGCCUGGUCAGUUCCUGCAUCCACCCCACCUCCAGAGCUUACACACACUCCCAGCAUGCACUCUGUCCUCAGGGCUGUAAAAGCAGGCAUCCCGAUUGGAUGCUACCUCUCCAUUGCCAUGACAUCAGUAGGACACAGCCUGGAAAACUUCUGCACCGAGGGAGUUGGGUUGUUGAAGAGUCUGAUUCAGUCUCGUCACUUGAAAGCUGCCGUACAUCUGCUGGACAACAUACUGCCGCCGACUUACCCUCUCAGCUUCUACCUGCUCAACAACUCUCAGUUUGUCAGUUGUAUGCAGCUGUUCUUGCAGUACGACAGCGUGUGUCCUCAGGGUGUGACGCAGCAGGUCACUCAUCGGGUAGCUCCACUCCUCACAGGAACCACCUACGGGGACAAUGUCCGACUGCUGAACAGCGUUAUUCAGAGCCAUGUGGUGGAGAGUUCACAGCCUGGACACGUUGGAGCUGCAGCAGUGCUCGAGUUUUGGGUGGGAAUUCUGACACAACAGAACCUGUGGUACCGGGACAAAACAGUCCUGUUCCUCAUGGAUCAGUUAUGCUGCGCUGCAUUCACACACCACCAGGAGGAAUGUGUGCAGAAACUCCUGUACCAACUGCACAAGGAUGCCUUGGGUUACCAUGGAGAUCGGGGUCUGCUCUCCUCUCUCGUUGGCUGGAUUGCUGGAAAUGCCACGCCCUCCUUUAUAGAGGGCCAAUCCCUGAGUGCAGAGGUUUGGUUCGCCUGGCUGGUGCUGAACAUGGAGGGUUUGGUUGAGGAAGAUUCUCAGCUGAGACGCUGUGUUGAACUUGAACUCCUCUCAGAGCCCAAUGUCUCCCCAGAACAAGCUUUAAAGAAGGCGCAGCAGAGGAUUAAGUUGCCAGCAGCUCCGUCCCUGCAGCGGCUACAGGUGUACCGCUGGGCGUGUCAGGCUUUAGCCACACCCCCCGACCACCCGCUCCUUCCUCUGGUCUGGCAGAAGUUCCUACAGCUUUACCUCAGACAGCCGGGACCAGAGUACGGACUUGCUGCUGGUGGAUGUAUCGGACGCAGGUUCUUCCAGGCUUCAUCUCAGGCCACUUUACUUGGAGGACUGAAACUUAGAAUCCAAGAAGUGUCAGACUUCCACCAUGCUGCCAGCCAGGCCCUCAGGGUGCCCCCUCCACAAACACCCUCAUCAGACAGUCGGAGUGAUGAAACUCCUGACAAUCCCUGUCCCUCGUACCUCACGUCUCCACAGCUACACACAGAGCUGGUCAGGUUGUUUGGUGUAUUUGCUCUGUGGCUGGAUGAUGAGACACUGCAGAAGCAGGAAGUGUACCUUCCCUCUCUUCCUCCACAGUACGAACCACACAGACUGGCACAGGUCAUGCAGCGGCAUCAGGAACUGUGGCUAGAGUUUCUGGACCAGGAGCGUCUGCAGUAUGAUGAGAAGGAGGUUUUGUCUCUGUGGGAGAAGGUGAAGAGUGAGCCAACCUUCCUGCAGGCCCAGAAUCCUGGCUUUAUUGACUGCACCAGCCCGAACAAUGCAAAGGAACGUAUCCUGUCCAACCUGCAGAAGCAUCCUAUUCCCCGAGCGCCUCCAGAGCUGCAGCAGCUCAAGGCACCCGUGGGUGAGAUUCUCACCGGCUGCUUCACUGAUUCAAAAGCUGCUGCUGAACUGCUGCAGCAGGACCUCUGCAUUCUGCAAGACCAGGCCAGGAUUGCAGUGGCACGGGAAGCCCAGCAGGUGGCGAUGGAGCAGGAACUGCUGGAGAGCCUUCCUCUACUUUAUAAGAACCGGUCAGAGCAAGUCACUAUGGCCCUGGAGUGUAAAGGGAAGGGAGGGCAGCCGUGCCAGGGACCUGCAAACAUCACUGUCACAUGUGAGCGUGUCCAGAGACAGGAGGCAGUGCAGACUCAGAUAACGUCACUGCGCAGAGACGUCAAGAAACUCCAAACAGACGCUAUGGCCCCUCCACCUCAGAGCCUGGCCCAGGCUGCGGUCCACACUGAGGAUUUUAUCACGGCUCUGGUGAAUAUGUACAAGGCGCAGAAAUCUCCUGCAGUGCAGCAUGUUGGGGUGUCAGCCUUUUACCAAGUGGUCUCUUUUGUGUGCGAGGACACACUGCGACAUCCGCCGACACGGCAGUAUCUCUCCUCGUGUGUCGAGAUACUGGGACAGGUGUUUAUCCAGCAUAAUCCAGAGGAGUGUGGCCGUGUCCUGAAGACCAUCCUGGAGCAGCGGCGUCUUUGCCCUCUCAUUUCCCCCUUCUUCACUCCCAACGCUGCACCUAAACAGCUCGUCUUUCUCUACCAGGACGUGGUGACGUCCCUGCACUUGGACAGUGCCGACGUCAUCUUCAUGCUGCUCACAAAGUUUGACUUGCCCCUGUGGCUGAAUGAAGCCCACCCUGUGUUUUCGGAGAGAACUCGUUUGCUUGAGUUGAUCCACGGAGCUCUCUGUGUCUGUGGCCAAGACCCAGAGCCUGAACUUCUCAUACCUUUUCACCUUUUUGCCAAACACUGGACUUGGCUGCUGCGCCACCAUUUCCCUGAUCACUACAGUGACUGCCUGCGUCUGCUCAUGACCAGCUCUUCAAACCAGUUACUGAGUCCAGAGUGCUGGAAGGUGACUCUGCGAGUGUUGGGCUGCUUACCUCCAUCCCGCAGCACUAAGAGCAAAGCUGAACAAACCCUCACUUCCACCGACGUCCCCGGCCGUGCCGUCGCACCACAAGCCUCUCCCUACAGAUCCCCCAUCAGCCUCUCACCCCAGCAGGUGGAUGAGACAGUUCAGUGGUUGAGUGAUUACUUCCUGCGGAGUCGUCUCGGCAAACAAGACCUCCGCAGCUUCGGCCUCUACUCUGCUUGGACUCCUUACAUCAGUGACGUUGUCUCUUUCUGGGAGCAUUUGAUCAAUCAUUUAAUCAACAUUCAGUUCAGCAGCUGUGCCAGAGAGUCAGUGGGCAGCAGCAAAAUAAUAAAAGCUCUGCAGGACCUCCACAGUAAGAUUGUGAACUUAUUUAAGCCCUGGAUCUUUCCUGUGGACUGCGACGAUGGCGGAAACCUCAAGUGUUACCCCUGGCUGGAGACCGAUGCGAGUGCCGCAGAACGCCUGUUGGGACUGUACGCUCAGCUCACUGACGCGCUGCAUCACCGAUUCAGAGAUCGCUUGCUCCCUGGUCAGAGAGGAGCUCUGUGGCUGUGUAUGAUGCAGUACUGUGAGAGCUGCACUUCGCCCCGUACACCUGAGUACCUUCUGUACCUGUACCACACGCACCUCCGCAGCUUACCCUGGAAAUGCCUUCACCCCGACACUCAGCUCAUGGAGCAGCUCUUCAAUGUGGAGAGAGGAAGUCCCAAGAGCUGCUUCCUGUUCAUGGGAGAAGUCUUAUGUGAAGUGAACUGGAUCAGCGUCUUGAGUGACCACUUGCAAACCCCUCAUGCAUCUGCCACAUAUCCCACUUUACCACAGACGUGGACUCAGAAGGAGUCACACACCAUGUUAGUGUAUCUGCUGUACAUGUUAGUUUUUCUGGCAAAGGAGGAUCAGCUCCUGACUCAACAGGACUCCCCUCUGCUCAGUCUGUUGGUUCAGUCCACCUCUUUGCCCUGGCGUCAGCUGGACCUGUCCUCAUACCAAGGCAUUCUGGGAUAUGUCAGCACCCACUACCCACCCACUUUGCUGCUCAGCAUCGAUUCUGCCCCUCAGCUGCUGCUGAAAUCACUGCGUAGUGCUGCUGGACUCCACUGCCGCGCUAAUGAAGCUCCAUACAUAGAGGAGACACUGAAGGCUGGAGCGUACGUGUGCUGGUGUGUGCAGUCUUUAGUGAAUCUCGAGCAGGGAGGCAGCAUCAGCCUCGGCAGCCUGGAGGCUCAGCUGGAGACGCUUUUAGAGAGUAUUGUCACAUUCAACCCCCCAGAGACGGGUUUGGAGCAGAGGCACAUGGCAUUUUGCAGCCUCUUUAGCGACGCUCUGGCUUUGCUGAACGGCGUGGGCGUCUCAUCCGGUGAGGCACUUGCAGCUCGUGUCAUUGCCUGGCUGGACAGGAAGGGGAGGGGCUUUCCUAUUCUGCCUCUUCUCACAGCUUGCACGCGCUGUCUCGCAUCAGUGCGGCACAUGACGCGCAUCAUGGAGGCGUGCAUCACGGCGUACUUCAACCACGCUGAGGAGGAGUCUGUUGGUUGGGGUCCGGUGUUGGCAUCGCUGCAAGUGCCUGAGCUCACAGUGGACGACUUCCUCUCUGAAAGCCACGCAGGAGGAAGCUUCCUGACACUCUACGCCUUCAUCCUGCAGCGUCUCAACACUGAAUACACAGCAGCUAACGAGAGGAGGACUCUGGCUCUAAUUAACACGUGGACCAGUCAGGUCUUCCCCAGUGGUCCAGGUGAUGAAGCCAAGCUGUUUCUUUGGUGGCACAAGGCGCUUUACCUGUCAGCGGAGCAGAUCCAGCCGCAGGCCGGCCUCACUGAAGUGUCGGGAGUCGUCAUGAAUCUGCUGAAGUUGCAAACCAGGCUGCUACAGCUGGGAGAAGAAAGGCAAAACUCGGGGCUGCUGGGCGCUAUAGGCCUUGGAAAAAAGUCUCCUGUUUCUAAUAGGUUCAGGGUGGUGGUACGAAGCCUGGCUGCCUUCCUCUCAGUCCAGGUACCGUCAGACAACGAGCUUCGACUUCAACCCACCAGUGACCUGCAGCUCUCUGUGAAAGCCCAGCAAGCACUAGGGCUGUUGGAGGCCAUGCCGAGCAAUAAGCAGUACGCCGAGUUUGAGGAGUCUGUGAAUAAGGCUGUCCAGUUCAUUCGCUACCCAGGACACUGUCUCAAAGAUGCACCCCGACUUUUGUCCCUGCUCGCCAACCUCCUGUACCCUGACCUCAGAUACCUGCACAUUAUCCGCUAAGACUGACUUAACUUGACACUCCUGCUCGAGACUGGAAGGACGUUACUCCUCUGUGUCAAAUAAAGUGACCGCAAACGUCUGUCGUGUGCAGACAAAAUCGAGAACUGGAGCACAAUAGUGUCCAAGUAGUUGCACUGGUACUGAAUUACUUUGACUAUUUUAUCAGUACAAACUAUGUGUCGUGUCAGCGAGGACUUUGUGGGACUGAAACUGACACAACUAAGAAUCACCAACUGAGUAGGAUCAUAAGAAAUGUUGCGUGCUAAGCUGUGACCUUUUCUUCGCUGCUGUUUUUUUUUGCUUUGUUGCCUUUUAUUUAAGUUCUCUUCUUAAUUUCAGUGUUGCGCCCAUUUUUCUGAAGCAGAAUCCAUUAAUCAGGACUCAGUUGCAGGCUUGAAGGAAGUUGAAGGACACAUCUAGUAGACCGAUGACUUAAGUCGUACCAUCUUUAAAUGGGGAGGGGGUGGGGGAGCGAUGUAGCAGCAAAGACCUUUUGGGUUUAAUGUCUGAUCCUGAGAUUUGCUGUUAAUUCCAACACCAGGCUUUGGUUUAUGAUCUGAAAUGUCUCAGAGAUCUUUGGUGCUGUAUGUAUACAGAUGAACACAACGGCUGCCUCAACAGAAGUGAUCAUGUUUGUGCCAGUAUUAUGUUUGCGCUCAACCAAUCGUGCUUUGUUUGUUUGUUUGCCAAAAAAAAAAGAUGUUAUUUUCUUAUGCUCAGCUACGUAAACCAUUUUGACCAUGUCCUCUGGUUGUGUCGUCUGUGUUGGGGACUUUGGUGACUUCAAAGUGAGGAAGUCUCUGGAUUAUACACAGUGGUAAAUACAAGUGUGACUGACUUAAUAUAGGGGAUUAGAUGAUUAGCUGUAAUAAUCUGGUCUUUGUUUCAUCUUUAUCUAAACUUUGACGAUGAUUGGUUUUGAUUGGCUCUCUUUACUGGACUGGAACUCACUAUUGGUUUCUGUGGAGACAGCCUUGGUCUCUAUGUCUAAUCGUCCCCUUCAAUGGAAGUUUAGGAACGUUAUCUCUGUGAAACUAAGUGUGCCUCUUUAAUUUAAAGCUAUUUAUAUGAAUUUAUCAGUAUUUAACCAGGUAUAGAUGGAUGAAGAUCUUAAUCUGUGUCUAUUUGCUACACAAAAUAAAACAUCAGAAGCUACACAAAA